UUUCCAUGCCAUUGGACGAAAUUUUACCGGAUCUGUUCAUAAGUGGACUUCAUUUUACAAAGCGCCACUUCCUAGACGAGAGAGGAAUUAAAACCGUCCUGACGAUUAGAGAGUUUGCACUUCCUUUUGAACCCAAUUGUGACAUUGUUUAUCAUCAGGUCAACAUAACUGACACAGCUGAUCAGGAUCUCUUCAAACAUUUUGCCAACAUUGUCGAUAUCAUAUCCAAUGGUCUUCAGCGAGGAAAAGUCCUAGUCCAUUGUCAAGCGGGAAUGUCCAGAAGCGUAUCCGGGAUCAUAUCUUAUAUGAUAUCUGUUUUCAAAUUAGACUAUCAAACUGCCCUAAAAGUGAUAAGAGAAAAUCAUCCCAUGAGUUUUCCGAAUCCAGGAUUUGGAAAACAGUUGGGUAGUUGGGAGCAACAUACAAAACCAUCAUGGACAGCCACACCAGCAUAUAUCUAUCACAGAGAUAAGAUUUUGGACCAGGCAAACACAACCCAAUUUUCUACAAUAACAAAGAUAUUGAAGGGCAGAAAAUGAAUAUGGCUGUUGGCCAUACCCUAGAAAACUAUAUGUUUUGGGUUGUGUGAGACACUGAUAGAGAGUUUGUAUAGUAUAGUGAAUUCAGGCACUGUUUGUUAAAUUGUUGUAUUUUUGUAUUAUUGUUGUUCUUGUUUUUGGCGAAUUUUGCUAUCCAUAGAA